ACUUAUAAGAACUAGGCCUAUAAAAGAGGUCAACUUAACAUAACUCAAUUUAACACAACAAAAGGUGACGUGUGAGCUAAACAAACAGACCUGACACAAUGAGACAUCAAGGAACUUAUAUAGUGGUUGAGCCAAACCAAGUUUAACUCAAGGGGUAAACAAAAUGGAUGCUUAAUCAAACUGAAUUCAAAAUAAUACUAACUAAGCCCAAACCCCCCCGUGACAUCAGAGCCGAUGGUUUGCUCCACUCAGUUGGCUUCAGCAUAAAAGUCCCUUUCACCCUUGGCCACGCCUUUUGUUCAUUCCAGGAAGUGCCAUGCUCCCACAGCCAGGACUGGCUGAGCAAGUUCGGCUACCUCCCGCCCCCUGACCCAGUGACGGGUCAGCUUCAGACCAAGGAGGCCCUGACCAAGGCCAUCAAAGCCAUGCAGAAGUUUGGAGGGCUGAAAGAGACCGGAGUCUUUGACCAAGCCACACUGGGUCUAAUGAAAACACCCAGAUGUUCUCUGCCAGAUGUGUCUGAAGGAGAGGGGACAGCGGGCCGCAGGAAACGAGGCUUGAACCCUCAGAACAAGUGGAAUAAGAGGCAUCUGUCCUGGAGAGUAAGAACCUUCCCUAAAGAUUCAGCCAUACUCGGCAGGGACACCGUAAGGGCCCUGAUGUACUACGCUUUGAAGGUCUGGAGCGACAUCGCACCACUUAACUUCCAUGAGGUGGCAGGCAGCGACGCAGAUAUCCAAAUUGACUUCACAAAGGCCGACCACGAUGAUGGAUAUCCCUUUGACGGGCCAGGGGGCACUGUGGCGCAUGCGUUCUUCCCUGGAGAGAGGUUCACAGCUGGGGAUACGCACUUUGAUGAUGACGAGGCCUGGACCUUCAGAUCUCCAGACUCUAAUGGGAUGGAUCUGUUUGCGGUUGCAGUCCAUGAGUUCGGUCAUGCCAUCGGUCUGGUCCACACCUCAGCCAUUGAGUCCAUCAUGAGACCAUACUACCAGGGUCCAGUGGGAGACCCUCUGAAGUAUGACCUGCCUUAUGAAGACAAGGUCCGUGUCUGGCAGCUUUACGGUGUCAGAGAUUCUGUCUCCCAUACUAAUCGACCAGGCGUCCCCUCUCAGACAGCCGAGCCACCCGUCCUGCUAGACCUCCCUGAAAACAGAUCCACAUUCCUACUGGCGCGAGAUGCCCCCGACAGAUGCACCAGUCACUUUGAUGCAGUGGCCCAAAUAAGAGGGGAGGCCUUCUUUUUCAAAGGGAAGUACUUUUGGCGACUUACCAGAGAGAGGCACCUGGUGUCUCUGCGUCCAGCUCAGAUUCAUCGCUUCUGGAGAGGCCUCCCGCCCAACCUGGACGGUGUGGAUGCUGUGUACGAGAGGCCAGGGGACCACAAAAUAGUCUUCUUCAAAGGUCUGAAGUACUGGAUAUUUAAAGAUAACAUCGUGGAGGAGGGUUACCCUCGUCCAAUCAGUGACUUUGGCCUUCCCUCUGACGGCGUGGAUGCGGCCUUUGUUUGGCUCCACAACGACAAAACCUACUUCUUCAAGGACAGCAGCUACUGGCGCUACGACGACCACCUGAGACGAAUGGACCUUGGCUACCCUAAAGACAGCACGCUGUGGAAGGGGCUGCCACCAAACCUGGAUGAUGCCAUGAGGUGGUCUGAUGGCUCGUCCUACUUCUUCAAGGGGAAGGAGUACUGGCGGGUGCCGGGCAGUGACAUGGAGGUGGAGGCAGGAUUCCCCCGCCUCAUCGCUAAAGACUGGCUGCUGUGCACAGAGAUGCAGUCGGACUCUCCGGACACAGAGCCCAAAAGCACGGAGACGAAAGGCAACGUGCAGCAUCACCCGGACCACGCGGAGAACGGGUACGAGGUGUGCUCCUGCACCUCUGACACAGCGUCGCCUUUAGGCGCCCGUCUCUCACCCUCUCCCCUGUGGCUGCUGCCACCUCUCUGGACGCUCUCACUGGCCCUCCACUCUGAACUUCUAUGAUGCCAAAGCACGGGACAAAGCGACAAUUUUAAUGCGGGGCCAGUGCACUCAGUCUAAAUACAAAAUGGAAUCUUUUGUUCAUAUGAUAUUAACUGAUAUGUUUUGUUAUUUUUUUUUGCUGUUAUUUAUUUCUUAUGCCAUUUGAUGGUCAUUUAAAGCGCCUUGCAGUAUGGGUAAUACAUACAUAUAUACAUGAACAUUAUAUCUUACAAGGGAACAUGUUGUAGUCAGUCCACUGGCAUUGCCAAUGCUAACAUCGUGCUUUACAAACGGCAUUAUACAGAACAACACAUCGUAUCUCUUAGUUUCUUCUUGAAUGGCUUAAAUGUUUCAUGUGGACAAAGGAAACGAUUUCAGUGACUGUUGAGAGAUUUGUUCAAAAGCAUUUCAUCAGCCCCUCUAAUAGUUUCUUUGUCAUGUACAGUGAGUUACAGCAAUAAUGAAUGGCAUCGUGGAAUGUAUGCAGGCUUGUGGGAAGUUGGUGUAAGUGGCACAGCAUCCUGAGAUGUUUUUAAUCUACAUGUGAAUAGGUUUAAAGCUACAUUGUCCUUUUAAGCAUAGCUCAACAUUUUAAGAAGUUGAAUACACUUGAUUGCGCCCUUGUCAAGAAUCAGAUGAGAGCAUCAGCACCACUGCAAUGAAUGUUGGGUAAAUACUAAGAGACAGUUAGCACCUGUUUAGCUUAGCAUAGCUUGUCAACUGGGAAUGGAGAAACAGAUCUUCUAAGAUUGGGUUGUUCAUGGCAACAAAAAAUACCUACAAUAACAUAUCAUGGUUUUUACAGCAGUCAUGCUCCAGGAGUUGUUGUUUUUUUUGCGUUUUGCUCUUGUGUAACACAAGGUUAGCUUGUGUCAUAGAUUUUAUUAAAACAUGGAGAUAGUCUCAGAGACAUCCCCCAUUGACAGUCGCCAUAUUGGAACCGCUGAUUCCAAGUAACUACCUACUAAUCUAGAAACCAGCAAGGAGGUGGACCUGAGGCUUUAGCCUAGCCACCUGGCGAACAGCUUCCCAGCUGUCAGUCAAAUCAGCCACACCUCCAACUAAGUGUAGGUUUGAAUAACACUUAGCCUUUAUAUAGUGAAAAUAGAAGGGCUAUAACAAAGAUUCACAAAUGGUCAUUUUUAAUAUGGGCUCAAAUGGGGUUUCAUUUGCUUUUUGGGGUCAGCCUCAAGUGGACACUUGAUGAACUGCAGUUUUUUGGACUUCCAAACUAGCGUCAUUUUUCAUCACUAGAGAUUGCCACUUCUCUUUUGUCUAUCAUUUCUGCUAAGUUAGCUACCAAGGUCCUUUCUGUGGGUUUAAAUUUACCACAAGGCUAGCAAUCUUCUCUUUUUAUUCUCAGCAAGAAAACAGAAAUCCUCAGCUUCCUGAAGUGUCAAGCUGUUUCUAUAAAUAAUGCCCGGUCAGUAGGACCUCCUGCAGGGCAGCUAACUGCCUUUAUAGCUCUCUCUGCUUUCAAAUGCUUGUGUUUAAGUCUGGUUGUUUACAGUGAUAGUUGCAUUUGUCACCGUUGUAGGGGUGUUGUGUUCAACAAUUCCAGAAAUAGAGAUAACAUUUUUGAAAGCAACCCUGACAGGACGAGCCGCCUGAAAGACUCAAAUCAGGGAAAAGAAUGACAUCUCAGGAUAUAGAUACUGUAGUACGACAGGUGACUGACACCUCCGCAUGUAUCUGGGCAGACAGGUGAAGAGCACCCUGGGACGUUGUGUAGAUGGAUUGUUAGGUUUACAGAUGAAUGGCCCCACGGGAUGCUGACAGGAAGACAAAUGAAUGGCAUGCUGGGAUGUCGAAGGCAAGAUGAACGGUAUCCCAGCUGUAAACAGGUAGACAGGAGAAUGCCAUUCAGUAGGUGAAGAUAAGGGCAUGUUGGAUUGUGGGAAGUUAGACACAUUUCGACUCCCAUGUGAGACAUUUAAGAGUCAAAGUUUCUCAGUGUCACUUGAUGCCAUUAUCAUAUAUUAAUCCCUUCAAUGUGCUCCGUACUCUUUGCUACACAGCUGCUCAUGUGUCUCCAUGAAGUCUCCAUGAAGUCUUCAUUUUCAACCCUGGUACAGAAGCAUUCCCAUGGCAGUUCUGGUUUUGUUGUAUUUUUGUUAUAAAUAUGGAUAGAUUGUGAUUCCACAUCGCAUUAAGUACAUUUUAGUUCACAGAGCAUUUUUUUUUUAGCCCUCACGGCUGGAUGAUUGAGCUCUUUCUGAUUAAAUCAACCAGAUUUAUUCUCGCUGAUAUAUUUACCUACAGUUUAAAUAUAGACACAGAUAUAUUUGAGUUGAGAUGUUCCAUGGUUACUGCUAAAACCAAGUGGACUAUGUAUAGUAAAUUUCAAGGUGUGUUUUCUAAUGUAAAAUAUUUUUGUAUAAAAACAAAUAAAUAUGAAUGACUUUAUGGGC